AUGUACUAUUGUUGCAUCACAUUUAUAUUACAUUUGAAUAACUUUGAUUGUGAAUUGUUGUUUAUUUGUUUGUACACUCAACACCAACAUUACAACACAGAUGAAUUAAUAGCCGUGCAUGUGCUUUUCACUCCAAUACUCCCCCUCAGCACGCGAUUUUGGUAUCCACUUCUUUCUCUCUUCAGCAUCAAGUCUCUCUUGCUCUUGCUCUUGCUCAUCUUCCGUCUUCUUUUUUGGUGCGUAAGUCGGCUUGUUUUUUGUCUGUGGCAUUUGUGUUGUUUGCAGUUCUUGUGUGAUUUGAUGAAUCAUAAAACUACACACAUCACUUCUUACUUUUUAUGUUUUGAUUAUAAAAAUCCAUUAUUAUUAUGUUAG